UGCCUGUGGACACAGUCAGUGGCAGAUUGGCCAAUCUGAACACGAUGGCAACCAUCAAGGGUGUCUCGAGUUUCAGUGCUGAGCAAGAAGCACAGGCACUAAGAAAGGCCAUGAAGGGAUUUGGCACAGAUGAAGAUGCCAUCAUUGACACCUUGACCAAACUGAACGUUGCCCAACGUCAGCAAGUCCUGAUCGCCUACAAAAGCACUAUUGGCAGGGAUUUGAUCAGUGACUUGAAGUCUGAGCUGAGUGGGAAUUUUGAGCAGGUGAUCGUUGGGUUGAUGACUCCUACUGCCAUGUAUGAUGUGCACGAGCUGAGGAGGUCUAUGAAGGGAGCAGGAACAGAUGAAGGCUGCCUGAUUGAGAUCGUGGCUUCUCGCACGAACGAGGAGAUUCGGCGCAUCAAUGAGAACUACAAACUCCAGUAUGGCUGCACCUUGGAGGAGGACAUUGUCUCUGACACUUCUUCCAUGCUCCGGAGAGUCCUCGUGUCCCUCGCCACGGGUAACAGAGAUGAAGGAACCUUUGUGGAUGAGGCCCUUGCUCAGCAAGAUGCUCAGUGCCUGUAUGAAGCUGGGGAGAAGAAAUGGGGAACAGAUGAGGUGCAGUUCAUGUCCAUCCUCUGCACACGGAACAGAUGUCACCUGCUGAGAGUUUUUGAUGUGUACAGAGGGAUUGCUAAUAAGGACAUCACAGACAGCAUCAAAUCUGAGAUGUCAGGAGACCUGGAGGAUGCUCUCUUGGCUGUGGUGAAGUGCAUGAGGAACAAACCUGCCUAUUUUGCUGAGAGGUUGUAUAAAUCCAUGAAGGGCCUGGGAACAGAUGACAACACCCUGAUCCGGGUGAUGGUGUCCCGCUCAGAGAUAGACAUGAUUUACAUCAGGAGGGAAUUCCUGGCCAUGUAUGGCAAAUCACUCCACUCCUUCAUCAAGGGAGACUGCUCAGGAGACUACAGGAAAGUCCUGCUCAGGCUCUGUGGUGGGGAGGAUUAG